GCCCCUGCACCGUCCUUCGUGAAACCCCUUCUGCCUUCUCUGUCGUCAGUCAACGGCAGCCUUCUCUCAAGCUGGUUCGCUGGCGAGUUACCCAGGAAGUCGACUGAGAAACAGAAGUUACGGCCAUCAACAGACACUUCGGUUCAGAAUAUAUCCUGAAAUAUUUCGCUAACGUUACCUCAAUAAGGAUUGUUGGUUCAUUUACUUAACAAGCAACCACGGUGCAUUGAAGCGUGUCGAGUUUAUAAGUGAACUCUGUGAGGGUGAGGAGACGAGCAGUUCGAAACUUGUCCUGUCAGGCCAGGCCUGGCCUUGCUAACUACGCAGCUAGUAAAUAUUAGCUUGUCGAGCUAGCUAGCCAGAUACCUUGAGGAAGUCAACGAUACUUAGGGGAGUAAUUGAAAAGGUUCUACUGUCUCUCAGGUCAGGACACAAUGGCAGACGACUUUGAUAUUGAAGCCAUGUUGGAAGCUCCUUACAAGAAGGAUGACCACAAAUCCUCUAGUGCAAAUGGCCACGAGGAGCGCAGCAAGAAGAAGCACAGGAGCCGCAGCAGGAGCCGGAGCGCCAGUCCGGAGCGUCGCCGGAGCAAGAGCCCAAAAGAGCGCAAGAAGAAGAGGAGCCGCAGCCGAGACCGCCGGCGCUCGCGCAGCAGGGACAAGCGGCGUUCACGCAGCAGAGAGCGCGCGGGCCGCUACCGCGGACGCAAGAGCCCCUUCUUUGGGGCGAAAUUUAACGGUGGUCCUGGAGGGAAGAUCGUCCCACCACAUGCCACCAAACAAAGCCGACGACGCUCGCGAAGCAAAAGUCCCUUCAAGAAAGACAAAAGUCCCAUCAGGCAACCAAUAGACAACCUGACGCCUGAGGAGAGAGAUGCACGCACUGUUUUCUGCAUGCAGUUGGCAGCACGCAUACGUCCCAGAGACUUGGAAGACUUCUUUUCGGCUGUUGGCAAAGUGAGAGACGUGAGGAUGAUCUCAGACAGAAACUCCCGCAGGUCAAAGGGCAUUGCCUAUGUCGAAUUUUUGGAGGCCACCUCUGUGCCGCUGGCUAUAGGACUGACGGGCCAGAGGCUACUUGGAGUGCCAAUCAUCGUGCAGGCCUCUCAGGCAGAGAAAAACAGGGCAGCUGCUGCAGCCAAUAACCUCCAGAAGGGCAGUGCUGGGCCCAUGCGCCUGUAUGUGGGAUCACUCCACUUCAACAUCACAGAAGACAUGCUGAGAGGGAUCUUCGAGCCUUUUGGCAGGAUUGAGAGUAUUCAACUCAUGAUGGACAGUGAGACUGGACGCUCCAAAGGAUACGGAUUCAUCUCUUUUGCAGAUGCCGAGUGCGCCAAGAAGGCUCUAGAUCAACUGAACGGCUUUGAGCUGGCUGGCCGGCCAAUGAAGGUUGGUCACGUGACCGAGAGGACGGACGCGUCCACGGCCAGCUCGUUCCUGGACAACGAUGAGCUGGAACGCACUGGCAUCGAUCUGGGAACCACAGGCCGCUUGCAGCUCAUGGCCCGCCUUGCAGAAGGCACAGGCCUCCAGAUCCCUCCAGCUGCUCAGCAAGCUCUUCAGAUGAGCGGAUCCAUCCCUUUUGGCAACCUUGCAGCUGUAACAGAUUUACAAGCCAUGUUGAUUCAACCCCCAGAAGCUGCUGGAGCCCCAACGAUGAACUUGCCCAGUAUGAACCAGGCCAUGAACCUGCCCACCCAGCCUCUGGCUACGCACUGCCUUCAGCUCUCCAACAUGUUCAGCCCACAAUCUGAAAAUGAACCUGGCUGGGAUAAAGAGAUCCAGGAUGAUGUCAUUGAAGAGUGCAACAAACAUGGAGGAAUAGUCCACAUAUAUGUGGACAAGAACUCUCCUCAGGGCAACGUGUAUGUCAAAUGUCCAACUAUUCCUACCGCAAUGGCAGCAGUCAACGCCCUCCAUGGACGCUGGUUUGCAGGUAAAAUGAUCACGGCUGCCUAUGUGCCCCUGCCCACGUACCACAACUUGUUCCCGGACUCUGUGACGGCCACACAGCUCCUGAUGCCCUCACGCCGGUGAUGCCCAGUCUCUGCCGUGUCUGAUUCGUGCCACUCUAAAACAUGUACAUAACGUUCCGCUCAGAGGAGGCUUCCUUUGCGGCCUCUGCGUCUCUCUCAAAAGUAUGACCCCCCACCCCCCACCCUCCGCCCCCAAACCACACACACACACACACACACACACACACACACGUACGGUGGGACUGAGUUAGUGUAGUUGUCAGAGAAUCUGGGGAAGAGACUUUUGCCGACGGCUAAUGAGCUGUGACGAACUGGUUUUAUGAAGUUUUUAUUUAGCCUGAUAUCAGUGCCCACAGUAUCCCUUUCAUGACUGGAGUGUUUGGUGGGGUGGUUCUCUGGGGAUGGGGGAAAGAGAGAUGAUUUUGAAGGCUGCAGCAGUUCUUUAUGAGAAGCAGGGCUUUGUGGUUUGUUUUUCUGUUUUGUUUUUUGGUAUGCUUUCCAGUAGUGCACUUGUGUGUAAUUGGAAAAUUAAAAACCUCUGCAUUUUGUCAUGUCAGGAGUCAGGACUAAAUCUGCAGUUGGCUCCGAGUGAGUGUCCUGUGAUCAUCUUGUACAUAGACACACAUCGUUUUAGUCUUCGUAGAUUUUGCAGCUCACAGUUUUUGUUUGUUGCAGUUGGAUCAGAAGGUCAAAAAAUAAAUGAGAGAAUAUUUGGUUUCUCCCCCCCCCCCCCCCGGCCCCUUCGUUCCCCCGCCACAGAUAAACAGAAUGAGGGUGGAUUAUCGGAGUCCACAUUUGUAACUUUUUGUAAUCAAGAAUUUUGUUUUUCUAAAGAAUGUCUUGAUUAAACAACAACUUGAUGAAGCAACAUUUUUUA